CCGCGAUAGGAGCUUCAGCCGUCUUCAACCCCGCGACAGCAACAAUUAUUAUUACCUACUAAACAACCACCACCAUCCACAGAGCUGAGCUCUAGUCAACCGUUCUUCUCCCAUACCACCAACAAGAUCCAAGACAUCACAAUGCCUUCCAACGGUCGUCUCGCAGGCAAGAAUGCCGUCAUCACCGGCGCCGCAGGCGGCAUCGGCCUCGAAACCUCCAUCCUCUUCGCCAAGGAGGGCGCGUCCGUCCUCAUGGCCGACAUCUCGGAGCCCGCCCUCGAAAAGGCGCUAGCCAAGGUCAAGCAGCUCAUCCCUGACGCGGCCGGCCAGAUCGCCACGCAAAAGUGCGACGUCUCCAAGGAGGCCGACGUGCAGGCCCUCGUCGAGGCCGUCGACGCCUGGGGCGGCCUGGACGUCAUGUUCAACAACGCCGGCAUCAUGCACGCCCAGGACGACGACGCCGUCAACACCCCCGAGGCCAUCUGGGACCUGACCCAGAACAUCAACGUCAAGGGCGUCUGGUUCGGCUGCAAGCACGCCGUCCUCUCCCUCCGCAAGCACAAGAAGAAGAACGCCUCCAUCAUCAACACGGCCUCCGUCGUCGCCCUCGUCGGCGCCGCCACUCCGCAGCUCGCCUACACGGCCUCCAAGGGCGCCGUCCUCGCCCUCACCCGCGAGCUCGCCAUGGUCCACGCCCGCGAGGGCUUCCGCUUCAACAACCUCUGCCCCGCCCCGCUCAACACUCCGCUGCUGCAGGACUGGCUCGGCGACGACCAGCCCAAGCGCCAGAGGCGUGAGGUCCACUUCCCCAUGGGUCGCUUCGGCGAGGCCGUCGAGCAGGCACAGGCUGUCCUCUUCCUCGCCAGCGACGAGAGCAGCUUCGUCAACGGACACGACUUUGCCGUCGACGGCGGCAUGACAAAGGCCUACGUGACCCCCGAGGGCCCGGCCGCCCCGGCGCCUCAGAACAACGCCACCAAGGACUCGUUGUAGAUAGGUGCGGUAGAUUGAAUGAUGAACAACAUUUGAUUCCAAACUCCGGGUCAUGCUCGCUCCUAUAUACAGCUACACAUCCAACUGAUGCCUAGUCAAACUGGCCCUCCGUGUUCCCCUCGCCCAUCGACUUGCUGCUUGAGCUCCC